ACCACUGGGCUAACCCCAUAUAAGGCAUCUUUUUAUGCACAUAGAUGGGUCAGAUGAGGCAUGAAAUAGGUGUGCACUAAUAGCUUUUGCGGUCUACUUUGAAAUGUGCAUCAAUGGAUAUCCCUAAAGCCCCUGUUCCCCUUUCUGUAUCAAUUCUCUGCUUUUGCUUUGUUGUAGGCUGAAUAUCUUGCUGGCUGGGAUGAAUCCCUUUUAUUUCCAUGCCGUGAAUGUAGUCCUGCACUGCCUGGUGACACUUGUCCUGAUGUACACUUGUGACAAAGCCGUUUUCAAGGACAGCCGCUUGGCUUUUGUCACCGCUCUCUACUUUGCUGUCCAUCCCAUUCAUACUGAGGCGGUAACGGGUAUAGUAGGCAGAGCAGACGUGUUGGCCUGUCUACUAUUUCUUUUGGCUUUUCUCUCUUAUAAUAGGAGUGUGGAUCAGCUUUAUGUUGGGGAACAUUUCCCUCCCACUGCCUCUCUUCCCUUUUUGCUGCUUAGUUUAUUUCUUGGGACCUGUGCAAUGCUGGUAAAGGAAACGGGAAUCACCGUGUUUGGUGUCUGCCUUGUGUAUGAUGGCUUCCUGCUUUCACAAAAUAGACGCAGAUUGAGAAAUGGCGGGGUGCAUCAGAGGAUGGCUCGGCAGCCUGCAGCUUCCCUCCAUCCUUCGUUGCAACUUUCUUCAUCCAGCAGGGAGAAUGGGAAGCACCGUGUUGCUCACAAGGGGACCUGGAACUCGUAUCACCCUGCGUCCCCUGAAGAACAGCAACGCAGCAGCCCUUCUGUCUUGAGCAAAGCUGCCUGGGCUGUGCUAAGUUACCUGACCACAAGUAACAAGCAGAAGUUCCUGUAUACCACAAGACCUUUUUUAAAGAGAGCUGCCUUGGUACUUACCUAUGUGAUCCUACUUUUGUAUUUUCGCCUCUGGAUAAUGGGUGGUUCCAUGCCAGCAUUUUCAGAACAGGACAAUCCAGCUUCAUUCUCGCCAUAUCUUCUUACAAGGUUUCUCACCUAUUCCUACCUCCUGGCCUUCAAUGCCUGGCUUUUGCUGGCUCCAGUUACUCUGUGCUAUGACUGGCAGGUUGGGAGCAUCCCUUUGGUUGACUCCAUCUGGGAUGUGAGGAACUUUGCCACGUUUCUCUUGGCAGGGGUGAUGCUGCUGCUUGGUCUGCAUUGCAUAGUGGCCUUCAAGAAACAGGAACACAGAGAAGUUCUAGUCGGCUUGUUGUUCCUGGUUUUCCCCUUCAUACCGGCUAGCAACCUCUUCUUCAGGGUGGGAUUUGUGGUGGCAGAACGUGUCCUGUAUAUGCCCAGCAUGGGCUACUGCAUCCUCUUGGUCCAUGGCUUAAACAAGCUUUGCACAUGGCUAAAUAAAUGGAGAUUCACUGCAGUGACCACCUCAGCUUUGCUGCUGCUGCUAUUUUCUUGGAAAACAGUGAAGCAGAAUGAAAUCUGGUUGUCAAGGGAGUCCCUUUUCAGGUCAGGAGUCCAAACUCUGCCCCAUAAUGCCAAGGUGCACUACAACUAUGCCAAUUUUUUGAAGGACCAAGGUCGGAAUCGUGAAGCCAUUUACCACUACAAAACAGCACUUGAGCUGUACCCACGCCAUGCAAGUGCCCUGAACAACCUUGGGACGUUAACCAAAGACCUUGUGGAGGCAAAGGAGUACUACACUAGAGCCCUCCAGCUAAAUCCACAGCACAACCGAGCCCUCUUCAAUCUAGGAAAUCUACUCAAGUCCCAGGGGAAGACGGAAGAAGCUAUUCUUUUGCUGAGAGAUUCCAUUCAGUAUGGACCAGAGUUCGCAGAUGCUUACUCCAGCCUUGCUUCACUGUUGGCAGAACAGGACCAAUUAAAGGAAGCUGAGGAAGUAUAUCAAGCUGGAAUAGAGAAUUGUCCAGAGAGCUCCGAUCUGCAUAAUAACUAUGGGGUUUUCUUAGUUGAUACUGGCUCUCCCGAGAUGGCAGUUUCCCACUACCAAAAAGCCAUCCAGCUCAGCCCUGGCCAUCAUGUGGCCAUGGUCAACCUGGGCAGGCUGUACCGCUCCUUGGGGAAGAACAAAGAUGCUGAAGCCUGGUACAAACGGGCACUGAAAGUAGCUCGGAAGGCUGAAAUCCUGUCCCCUCUCGGAGCUCUGUAUUACAACACAGGGCGAUACGAAGAUGCGCUGAAGGUUUACAGGGAAGCUGCCACGCUGCAGCCCUCCAACAAGGAGACACGGCUGGCCCUGGCUCAGGUUUUGGCCAUGAUGGGACAAACCAAGGAAGCAGAACAAAUGACCAGUCAUAUUGUGAUGGAGGAGGCCGAGUGCCUCGAAUGCUACCGCCUUUUGUCAGCCAUCUACAGCAAGCAGGAGAACUACAACAAGGCGCUGGAAGCCAUAGACAAAGCUCUACAGCUGAAACCAAAGGAUCCUAAAGUCAUAUCAGAGCUCUUUUUCACGAAAGGAAAUCAGCUAAGAGAACAAAAUCACCUGGACAAAGCUUUUGAGAGCUAUAAAGUGGCUGUAGACUUCAACCCAGAACAAGCACAAGCCUGGAUGAAUAUGGGAGGAAUUGAGCAUAUCAAGGGUAACUAUAUCGCUGCACGUAGCUAUUAUAAGAAAGCUUUGCAUCUGGUUCCAAACAGUAAGCUGCUGAAAGAGAAUCUGGCUAAAUUGGAUCGCUUGGAGAAGCGGCUACAGGAAGUUCAAGAAGGAGGAUAACGGGGACAGCCAGAGUUUGUGUAUCUCCUGGAGAUGAGUGAAUACUGUGGAAGCCAUGGUUAACCCUCAAGACAGAAGCAAAAGAGCCACGGUUGCAGGGGUGACCCCAAAUCAGGUGUACGUGGGGAUCCAUAAAAGAAUGGCAUACAGGCGAAUCUCGCUUGAGUCACCAAAGCUCUGGGAGUCCUGCUCUUUUUUCUUGAUGUGCUGUAGAAUGGGCAAAAGCCUACUUUUGAUCCAGGUUUUGUUUGGGUGUGCAUCUGUUCUGUUAGUGCUCACAGGGGGAAUCGCUUCUGUUGUGUCCAAAUCUCUCUCUCUCAACACCAUAUGAAAUGAAACUCAUGCACUAGGAUGAUUGUUGGAAGGAAAGUGAUGGCCUGAUUUAGUAAGGACCGGUCCCCAUUUUCAGUCAUGCUAAAGGAAAUAUUGUACCAUGGAUUACAGGACUCCUGAAGCUGGUCCCCUGAUUGGUCGCAGAGAUGGUGGCUGCAGCUUAUUAGGAAAGGAGGAAAGAGGCAAUAGUCCCUCUCAGGUAGUAAUUCCUGGGCAAUAAUUGUCCAUUGUCCUAGGAACAGGCUGGUGCAGCUAUCUGCAGCUGCAUAGUGAUCAUGAGGGUGAUUCGAGAAGGAAACCAGUUCAUAUGAACCAGUUCCUUUCAUGUGACAGUUUACAGUCAAGUUAUCACAGCAAUUAUGGGAAUUUAGACCACUGUUCUCAUUCAGGAAAAACGAGAUUGCUGUUUUUGUGAAGAAUGGAAGCUUGAAUGAAUUGGACGAAAAGGGGCAUUUCUUAAACACAGCUCAGCUUGUAUCACACCUACUGCUGGGGGUGUGGUGGUGUUACAAUUGCUCCUGGAGAUUUUUCCAAGUGUCUGCAGAGCUGUUCGGUUUAUAAGGUCUGGGAAGUGAGUGAAGGAAAGCUUGUUGAAAACUCUUUGCCCUGCUUCUCUCAUGAAUACAAAACCCAGCCCUUUUCCAGUGAAGAAAGUUCAUAUUGCAGAAUGGAUUUUUUUAAACUUUUGAGUGUCAUUGAACAUAAAAUGUUACAUAUUUCACUUUUCCUUGUAUAGGUCAAAGUUAGGGGAUGCUUUUUACGUCAGGAAUGGUAGCUAAACUUGAGAUUACUGAUCUUAUUUGUAUGAAGCUGGAGAAGGCAGUAACCACAGAAGGGGAAUGUGUGUGAGUUACCCCAUUGUUCUUCAUGGUCACUGUGCAUCACACAUACGGGCUCUGCACAGAUGGCCACUUGGAAACGACAGGUACAGGUAGGCAAUAUUGCUCAAGCAAUCAGGCACCUCAGAGCCCAGCAGAUCAUUCUGUUCCCUUGGGCUUGCUCCACUGGCUGAAUACAUUUGAGCCCUGCUACAAUCAGGAUCCCUUAAGCUCAUUAAAGACCUCACAUAUAAUGUACAUUGUGAUGUUCCUUGCACAUCGGCUUAUCUGCACAGGCUGGCAAAGGGCUUCUCUGCGUGGAGCAUACAAUCCAGCGCUUUACCGAGGCUCCUUCUUCUGCUUUCUUUGUGGGAGGAUUAGUGAGUCCUUUACAUCUGGUUCCCCCCCAAGGGCUUUCCCCUCCGCCUUUCUAGAUGUUCCAUUACACAACACCAAGUGCAGGUGCCCUAUAGAGUAGAAUUGUGAAGAUACGGAAAAUUUGUGUAGCAAAUAUGGCACUGUCUAGGAAGAUACCAGCCUUUCCACUCCCUAAAAAAACCCUGCAAGAAUAGCUGGGAAGCUGAGGACCUGAGGCCCUGCGAGGGUGCCGGCAGCAGCAGAAGGCCCGGCUGACUUGAGUGAGGAGUGAUCACGAGUACAUAAUAAAGUCUCUGAGGAGGAAGAGCCCCAGGGGUGAAGGAAGCGUUGCAAAGUGACUGCAGUCUGCUUGGAGUCCUGCAUCAGCAGGGGGUUGGACCUGAUGGCCUUCAUGGCCCCUUCCAGCUCUUCUAUGAUUCAGUGAACCCUCUUCCAGAAGUUGCAGCUGUGUAAUCAAGCUUGUUCCUACCACUCGUUAGGCAAUGCACCACCAAAGGUAGCGAAUAGGGGGCUCGUUUAUGAUAGUAUGCACAUAGCCAUUCCAUAAACACCUUGUUUGCUGCCAAGCGACUGAGAAUUUUUCUCCUGCUCUUUCAGAAUCUUGGUAAAUACUUUCCAUGACUUGGCAGGCCAAUAUACCUAUCCGCUAUUGCUAUAGAAGGGCAGUUUCUGGAUAAAUUUGAAAUGCCUCAGGCCAUUAAGAAUGUCAGAGAAGUGUGAAUUGAUUGAUGGGGAACUUGGAAUUAGAUUGUACUGAGGCUGUAGGCUUGAGCAAGUCAUUACACAUUAGCCUCAGUUCCCCAUCUGCAAAAUGGGUACAGUAGAUACUCAUAAGUAUGUUGCAGGACACUCCAAAAAUUAAAGAUGCUGCAUAAAGCAGAGGUGAUAGCAUGCCAAAAGAUGCAGAAACAGCUUUAAAUAUUGUACGGGAAAUAGCACUUCUGUUUCAGUCCUUAACUUUCAAGAUGGGGCAGUGCAGAAAAGUCUGGUUGUAGUUGUGGGGCCAGACAUCCCUAGAAGCAGGUAGAGUAUCAUUUCCUGCACAAACUGGAGGGGCUGGGAUGACACAACAAGAAGGGCAUAAUGAGUGAAUGGUGAAAUGUUCUUCCACUGAAGUGAGGGAAGAUUUCAGAGUGAUAAUCGAAAUGCAUUUCCCAAGUGACAAUCAGGGCCAUCGGCAAUCUAGGUAACCCCAGGUGUCUGAAGUAAGAAAGGGAGAGCAAGACAGAGAGGAGAGCGUACAAUAAUGUGUGUGGGAGGGUGUGUGUGUGUGCAAGAGAUCAUCUAUUUGCACUAAUGAUCUUGAAGUUACUUGUUUCAGCUUUUUUGUUUUGAUUUUGGUGCAAUGGGACUUGUAGUGCUGAAGCAGAGAAACAUGGUCCCAAAGGGAUGCCUCCAUGUUGCUGUGGGGACGUACCCCCCUCAGCCCAAUCCUCCACUCUUCGGCAUUUUACAUUCAGGGUUCUCCCCUAACCUUUGUCCCACUGGUUGUAAUGGGAACCAGCUGGUCAGCUGCUUUCCAGUGAACUUAGGAUUUUGGCCUUAAACACAGCUAAGUCCCGUUGAAAACAAUGGAACAAGUUAAUUCCAUAAGCCAAGGUUGGCGGAAGGUAGAUCUCUACAUAGUUUGGACUCCAGCUCUCCAAAGUCCCUGCCAAUAUGGUCCAUGCUCAGGAAAGCUGGGAUUUGAAAUCCAAAACAUCUGGAGGUCUAUUUUCUGUUGAAUUGAACAUACGUUCUACUGCUUUCAAUCAGACUUGGUUGCAAUUAAUCUUACCUGCAUCUGAGCCACAGUCCUUUGGCGAUCUACAAUGCCACAAAUUGCAACUCUGUCAUCAUUGAGCAUUAACAUAUUUAUUAAUGUCAAACUAAGUCAGAGUAGAUAUUCCUGAAAGCUGUUAUUUUUUAUACAGCUUUGAAACUUAAUUGCAACCUAUCUGAGGACAGAAAAGAGAAAAUAUUAAUUUAUAUUAGAUUUGGAAAAACUGGGUAAACUAGAUUAUUAUUUAUAAUUCUACAUAUCAGGUUCAUUGAUUCAGAAUGUGGACAUUGAAUUUAUUUUUUAUUUUUUGUAAGUCAAAGAAAAUAAAUGUAUUUUCUUAAAACAAUGGUUUCUGGGAAAUCUGCCUUUGAACUGAGUUGAUAACAUGUUUUCUACUGUUACAACGAUAAAGCCAUCCCGCCUUGGCAUGGUUACCACUUUUCCCAACAUGCGAAUAGAGUCAUUGAUCAUCUACAUAUAUUUAUCCACUCAAAUACACUUUUACUUUUAUUAGGCAUUGGGAGAACACUGCAGAAUGCAGUCCCAUCAAGAAAUACAUAAACCAGGCUGGCCAGGGAGCAGUUAUAGACCUGGCAAAGUUUACACCUGGGCACAGUCAGAAAUACUUCUUGACAUCAGUUGUGACUUCAAGAAAAAAACCCUAUACCUUUGAACUGAGAGAGCGCAUUUGAAGUGUUUCCUGAGAAAGACAAUCAGGCACUCUUCAUACUAACCUUUUUUGUUACAAAUGUUGACUUGCAAGGUUGGGGAGUGUAAAUCCUUCAUUCUUGCUUGCUCACAGCAGGUUUGUAUAGGGUUUAGAAUCACCCCAGAGACAAAAUGACCCCCUUCCCUCAGGCACACAGCAUCCACAUGUGAAUAAUUUUGCAGUCAAGGGGAGGUGGAAGUGGAUGGCGCCGCCACCCCACCAAAUCCAGAAUAAGCUUCCUUUUGCAUCUGACUUCCAGCCACAGUUGUGGCACCCAUGGCACUUGUUUUUUUGCACAAGCAAACAGUUGGAUUCAGACCUGUGGGGCAGCUUUAGUAAUACAAAGUUAUCCAAAGUUUAUGGCAUUCCUGGAGAAAAGGGAUGGGAAGAAAAAAUCCUCAAAAUAGAUUUAGGGCUAUGCUUCUUUUCUGCUUCCACUUCUGUAUUUUAUAUCCUAAACCCUUGCCAACGGAUGCAGGACUAAUGUUCUGUGUGCUGUAUGGUUUUGCAUUGAUUGCAUUUUACCAAAUUAUACACAUGCAAAAGAACCGCAUGCAACUUUUCAAUCUUGGGAAUGGUUCCUUGUCUGUUUGGCUCAAAGCUUUUGCUAGAAACAUGGUUAAGGGAUGAUUCAUAGUGAUCUAAUUACAUUAUAAUUUGUUCCUCACCCACUUUCACUGUACUAAUGGAACAUGGUAAUUGGCAAUAAAAUCGAUCUUGUUCCUGCAGUUUUAAGGAAGCCCUUUCCUCCACCAUGCUUCGUAGACUAAAUGCAGCUAUAAAUACUUUGGUUCUUUCUCUGCUAUUCCCAUGUAUUUAGCUUGCAUGACAUGUAUUGCAAACACCAUUUUUGUAUUACAAGAAAAAAACAAGCAUUGCUGGAGAGCUUUCUGCAUAAUUUUUGUUGUUUUGUAAGCUAACCUGCACAGAUAGACAUCAGCCAGAUCCAAAAUGAAGGGCUGAUGUUGAGGAGACAGGAUAAUGCUUCAAGAUGUAGAGGUUAUAAAUUUCAGUCUCAUCAAAUAACAAGCUAAAAUUAAACUUAAUGGAAUGAGAGCUCAGUUUACCUGCUUUGUAAUCAAGCUAGAAUUACAUUUUCAUUUAAAUAGGGAGAUAAGUUGUUAUGAGAAAAUAAUGUUGCUCCAGUCUGGGUAUUUCUUGCAAACAGAUUCUUAAAGAGCUCAUUUCAUUCAUUCCAAAGGAGCAGCUAUUUUUGCAGACAUAAAGGAACAAUGUAUGUUGAAAGAUUCUAUUGACUUGCCUGUAUUUGUAUGAGCUCUAGGGAGCUAAAGUGAUUUGUCAGAACAAAAAAAAAAAAAAUCAUCUGUGAUAGUGGUACAGGCAUCCUCUGAGUGCUUGCUCUUGUGUACAGGCAAAUGUGCAGCCCAGGGCAGUUCUUGGAUUUCUCCUGCACUUUGUCUCCCGAUGAUCUACACUAGCAUUUAAGUUUAUACUUCAUCCGUUUUUGAGAUCCCUAGAGCACUACAUUUCUCAAGCCAGUCAGUGCAGCAUGCAUAAGAUCUCAUCAUUAUGGUAAUAUCAAAACAAGUGAACAUUGUAAAACCAAUUUUGCCAGAAUCCGUAGUGAGGCACAAAAGGAACAUGAUGUUGCAGAUAAUGUGGGCUAAGCUAACGCCACUUUUUGGAAAGCUGUCAUCUGUAUGCAGCCCUUAAGAGCCUGCCAAAGCCCUUGCACACCUUGAUCCUUGUUUGCAGUUACACUGUGCAUUUGGCUUAUUGCUCACCUGCUUUUCAUCUGUGAAAACCUAGCCCUGAAGGGCUUUUUGCCUUAGGGGAUGUGCAAUAGUUAGCAGCCUGCUUUCACAUACAGGUUAUAACAAGCAGCAACAUGAAAACUUGCUUUGGCUGUUAAUAGUGUUUGAGAAGUGUUGACGCCCGAUGCUGGUAAUCUCUGAAAAUAUGUGCUGAACUUCCUUGUGAUGUUUAUAUGGAUUUGCUGAAAACUCUUCUGUCAAGAACGCUUUGGGUUGUGGUCUGUGGCUUCUCUGAACAUACACACUUCUCUUUGCUGAAACUGGAUGCCAGUAAUCAACUUCACAAAGCAGAAGUUAAAUCGCAUUGGUGUAGUGUUUCUCUUGCUUUGCCUUCAUCACUUUUGCCUUUCUGAGUUUAAACUAUUGGUUUUGUUCAAUAAAUUAAAUGCACAAUUUAGCAGCGGGAUGUAUUUCGGAAGUAACAGACUUGAGAGGUCCUUUAUUUUCAUUGUCAAAUUAUGGAUGAAUUUUUCCUACAAAAGUUAUGAUCAAAGAAAACUUUGAACAAA